GGGACGGUUCGGGCCGGGAGCGGGGCCAUGAACGGCUCGGCGAACUCGUUGCUGGACAAGGAGGAACACCCGCUGCAGCUGGGCGAGAGCUUCGAGCGGCGGCCCAAGGCCUCCUUCCACACCAUCCGCUAUGAUUUUAAGCCAGCAUCGAUUGAUACGUCUUGUGAGGGGGACCUCCAAGUGGGUAAAGGAGAUGAUGUUACCAUCACUUUGCCACAUAUUCCAGGUUCAACUCCACCAAUGACUGUCUUUAAAGGAAAUAAAAGGCCAUAUCAGAAGGAUUGUGUGCUUAUUAUCAAUCAUGACACUGGGGAAUAUGUACUGGAAAAACUUAGUAGCAGCAUUCAAGUCAAGAAAACAAGAGCAGAGGGCAGCAGUAAGAUCCAAGCCCGAAUAGAGCAACAGUCUGCCCGAGCAUCUCAGCCUCCUUCACAGUUCAGAGCCCCAACCAAGCCAGCAGUUGGACCUAAAACUUCUCCUCUGAAGGACAAUCCUUCUCCAGAGCCCCAGCUGGACGAUAUUAAAAGAGAGCUGAGAGCAGAGGUUGAAAUUAUUGAGCAGAUGAGCAGCAGCAGUGGAAGCAGCUCAUCGGAUUCAGAGAGCUCAUCUGGGAGCGAAGAUGAAAGCUCCAGCAGCGAGGGGGAAGAGCCAGCACAUGUUUCCCCUUCCCAGCCACCACACCAGCAGUAUAACAACAGGAAUGCUGUUGCUAAUGGCACCAGCAGGCCACAAGGAAGCAAUCAGCUCAUGAACACACUCCGAAACGACUUGCAGUUGAGUGAAUCUGGGAGUGACAGUGAUGACUAGAGGCUGAGCUUUUGCUGCUUCUGUUACAUAUACAUGAAGAACUAAUUUACCUUGAAGUGAUCCUAUUGCUUAUGGAAAGGAGCUGGCACAGAGAUGGUUCCAUGUUUGGAAUUUUAAUAGAAGAAAUGUAUUGCCCUACAAAAUAGAAGAAGUUGAGGACUGUUUUACUGUGUGAAUUACGUGUAUAUAUUGUGUAUAUUCUUCUUCUGCUAAAGCUUUGAGUAGAUAUGUACAGUGAGUGAGCCAAUGUAUGUUCCUGUCCACCAUAUGUAAGUUUAACAUGUAAUUAUGUGAGGUCAUCUAAAAAUUUCUUGUUUGUAGGAUAGCUUCAGCGCAUCAUGACUUUUUUGGGGGACUUUUGUAUAUAUGGUGAGCAUGUGCCUACAAUGAGUAUAAAAAACCAUGCAGGAACUAGUGUGUGCACUGAAGUGGGACUGCCAUAAAUUAAGUUUCAAUACUAAAUUGAUUUCUUUGGUUUGGGACUUUUCUAAUGCCUUUUUAUUGCUGUUUAUGGUUGAUUUAAUAGACUGACUUUUAAACAGUUGGAAAAUAGGAAUGAUUAAACCAUGUUCGUCACAAACCUUGCUGCAUCAGUGCCUUAUAAGCAGGUUUUUUAAAUAGUGCUUCAAUUCCUACCACCUUCUCUAUAGGGAGUAACACUGAAACAUCCUCAGAUUGCUUCUGCAAACAAGAGCUGUGUCUCAUACAGCCUGCCGUGCUCUGAGGGCAGUGACUCCAGCAAGAUAAAGGAUACACAUCAGUCACCUAAACUCAUCCAAGUAAGAAUCAGAUAAGCAUUCUCUUUACAAACUGAAGGGUCUCGUUUAAUUCAGACAUUCAGACUUAGUCUUCAGAAAUACUUACAAGCCCAACUACUAGAGACAUUGCAAUGACACAAAUGCAAAAUAUUUGACUUUCUGAAAUUCUAAGACUGCAGCUCUCUCUGCAGUUUCCUAGAGAAUGCAAAAAUGCAUCUCUCCCACCACAGUUGUAAAGGUAGACUUUAGUCCAUAUUGUUUAUUGGACAAGACCUCUUUGUGCUUGGCAGGAGUACACAGAACAUUAAAUAUUUGCCAAGGGUGAAAUUCACCCCUGUUUAAAGGGUGCUUAGUUGGAUUAUUGUUAACUUUUUUGCUCACAUGGAAAAUGAGUGCCAUAGGCAGCCUCUUGCGACUUUUUAAAAUCAAAAUUCUGCUGACAUAGGACAAGUUACACCUUAGUUGUGGUGUAAUCCUGGGGAAUGGGAAGCUGAAUCAGAUGCCUCUUCAUUCUCAGGUGUCUGCUUUGCACUGCUCUCAUCUGUCAGUUUGUGUUUUAACUCCUGUUUGUUUACUGAGCUCUGUCCUUUUUUUUAACAUGUUGACGAGCAAGGGGACAUUUCAAGGGAGAUUUUAUUAAAUGGUUUAUUUUUUUGCAUUAGAUACAUAUUUAGGCAUAUUUUUGCAUUAUUGUACAUACAUUAAAAAUACUUGGUUUUUUAAAGUGUUUUGUGAUGUAGGUAUGUAUUUUAAUGGACAGUUAUAAAAUAUACUCGAUGAAAAGCCA